AUGGAGAGCAAAUGGAGUGUGGUGAUGAUGGUGUACUUAGUUUUUGUGGUGAUGGCUGCCAUUGGAGGAGAAGCACAAGAUCUUUCAUGUGAAACGAAAUGUGCAAUCACCUGCAAAGAUUCGAUGUUCCCUAAAAAAUGCUCAUCCAAGUGUUUGGAAAGUUGUAGACGACAUUAUCCACCUACUCAACUUCACACUCGCAUGAUGGCUGCUGCCAUUGGAGGAGAAGUAAAGAGUGUUGGAUGUGUUUUUAAAUGUGAAUUUCACUGCAAAACUCUGCUCCCCACUACAGCUUGCGUCAAACGGUGCUAUAAAGAGCGCUGCGAGCAUCAUCCACCUACAAGUACCUCGCACUAAACUUCACACUCGCCGAUGAAGAUCGAGUAGAGGGCUGAAAGAGAAAGAGAGGGUAGAGAUCAGUUGAUUCAGUUCUAAAGUUGUCAAUUGUCAUGAUGGAAAAUGUUUCCUACAUGUAAAAGAACAUCUAUAAUCAGAAUACAUAAAUAUAAGUUUUUUUUUAUGCUCAUGUGAAGAAUGGACUGAAGAAACAUUAUAAUUAUCAUUUCAAC